UCGUUAGUUCAAUUCGAUCUGUGCCAGCGUGUGGUUGUAGGGCCAAGUUUAAGAUUUAAGGCUGAAAGGAAAUGCGUAUAGAAAGCUAAAGCGAUAUCCGUCCGGUAGACCAGAAAAAAAAAGCUCGACAUCGCUGGACGGGGGAUACCCUGAACUGUAGUUAUACGGUUGGUGGAUGAUAAGUGGCUCCUAACGAAUGGUAUAACAAACUGAAUGAGAUGAGGCUCCGUACAACACCUGGUUUGUGUGGUUGUUAUCGUUACUUGUGCCAUUUGGAUACCGAAGUGAAAUUGGAUUAUUGAAUUAAAACACAACUUUCUCGUAACAUGGAACGAUUGUGUUGGGUGCUAAAAGGAUACGACGACGAGUGCAUCAUUACCGCUCGGUGGCGUCAGGGACAAAGAUAUACAACAGAAUUUCUGAAAAAUGAAAAGAAUUAUGUCGAGAAGCAGAAUAGAAUCUACACAAAUGGAACGAGAGUGGUGAAAUGGGACAAUAAAUAGCAUUUCAGAAGCGCCAGUCAAACUGGAUGAAGAAAAUGCAUGGUUAUCAAGAAAAAUGAGCUGUGUAGAUAUUAAAUCCAAUUACUGUAAGUAAGGCUGGAUAAAGGGAAGUGAAGGAGAAAAAAGCCACCGGAGCGGCGAUGACAGGCAUAUUCAAAAGAUGCCACGGAGAAAAGCUGCUCGGCGACGAAUGAAUAAACGCCGGAUGCUGCUGCAGGACGAAGAAGUCACGAUGUGGGACAAAAAACUUUCUAUAUAGAAAAGUGUGCUAUCAGUGAUCGUGAUAAAUUCGACUUCGGACAGAAAAUGUAGAUGAGUAAAAUAUUUUGUGAUGACAUCGUCGCACUCCUUACAUCAUCAGUGUAACAAUGUCGCCUUCGCGACCAUUGUUUUCCUUCUCACGACGAUGUUUGAUAUGAGAGAGCAAACCAUGUUAACAGAACGUCCCACAACAACAGCAAACGCAAACGCAUAUUCUAAACAAGUCACUCCAAAUAGCCAAUUGUCGGUGUCGACGAUGUCACCGGCAGAGGUGAUACUACUCAACGUGACAACGACGGAAGCGUUAACAUCCCCUUGGCAGCAUCAGACCAAUAUCCCAACCCUUCUGAUCGAUGGAGCCGAGGCGGCACAAUUGCAUUCGACAGCUAGGAUAGAUCCCUCACCACCAGCAGCAGCAGGAGCAGCCACAGAGCAACGAACAUCCACACCUGCGGCCGAACAAAUGAUGGAUCAGCACAAAACUAACUACAGCAUAAAAUUCACAACUUUUCGACCAUUACUAGUACCUACUUUACCUGAUAUUCGACAUAGGAUUAUGCAUUCAAUGCCUUAUCAGUCCAAGCAUCAUCAUGAGCGGCACUGGGGUCCAUUUUUCGAAGAGCCACUCAACGUGACUUCCGGAGCAUUGCAAGUAGGAUAUCAUUUGUCGACGGAAGCAAUUCUCAACUGUAGGGUAGGAAUGCUUAAAGAUAAAACGGUGAUGUGGAUAAGGCGAACGACUGAUAAGGUAUCACUACUAACAGUAGGAAACAAUACGUAUAGUGGCGAUCCAAGGAUAAGGGUGAAAUUUCAAUAUCCGAACAAUUGGCGCCUACAUAUCAACCCUAUCAAGAACGAAGAUGGCGGCAUGUACAUGUGUCAGGUAUCCACGCAUCCGCCCCGAGUUUUUGCCACCAAUCUCACGGUUCUAGAACCAGCGGUGAGGAUCGUAGACGAAAUCGGCUACGAGUUCUACGACAGAUAUUAUAAAUUAGGUAGCACUAUCGAUAUCUCUUGUCAGGUGUCGCUUUCGUACCUGGCAACACUGCCAAAUGAUGUUCCAUCACCGGCGGGCCACACCAUCAACGGUUUACAACUUUCACCGAGCGGAACGAGGAUGACCGGCUCCAAACUUUUAAACGAGGGAGUGACAGCGAGCAAUAAUAAUAAAGAUAAGACCAAACAAUCGUUACCACAGAAUAUCGUUUGGAAAAAAGAUGGUACCGAGCUCCCGAAAGAUAUCAAGCUCAGUUGUAGCUAUUCGGAGCAGUGGCUCAACAGUAGGCUGACCAUUAUCCAGGCGGAACGAACGCACAGUGGCCUCUACACAUGUAUCGUAGCCGACAAGCAGGCAACCUCCGCACAAAUCCAAGUGUUGAAUGGCGAAACACCAGCUGCGGUUCAACACAAUCAAGGAGACAAAGAAAGAGCAUUCGCAUCACUUACGAUCUAUUGUAUCCUCUGUUGGAUACAAUUGCACAUAUCCUGCACGUAAUAUCGCCAUGGCGCUCGCAUCCCGAGAGCGACAUUAUAUCAAUCACACCGAAAAUGCGCAACCGUCAAGAUUAAUUAUUUCUCUGCUGCAAUAGGAUGGGAAGUACUCCGCAGAUUCUCGACCAGCGAACCGAAUAAAUUGAAGAGCGAAGAGGCAGAUGUUUACAAUCAGCGGAAUUUUGGUCCAUGAUCCGAUUAGGAUUCCGGAAAAGAAUUAUCAAGCGCCUUCAGCAGAGCAGCGAAAGAAUCAAAGCCACGAGUCAUGAUUUAUGUAUAUUUUUGCAUCCUUCCUACAAGUUAGCCAAUAAUCUCGACUAAGCAUUCAUUAAAUAGUCAUUUUCAGGCCCGCUUGCCAUUUUAAUAAAACACCAAUUCAUGCAACCUACAGCCGGAUUAUUACCAACGCGAUAUAAGAGCUCCAACGACGGGAUAAUGUUGAUCUUUCGUGUGCAAAUAACGAAAACUUGUGUCGGUCAAAUAAAAAGGAAAAUCAAAAUGUAAAUUAUUUUCUAGGGAUUGAAAAAAUUGUUACACGUUUUUUAAGGGUUAUGUAAAUAUACUGAACUCGCAGACGAACAGAAAAAUAUGUUUUGAACGAACACUGGUAAGUUAAUAGAAUUUUGAAACAAUUAAUAUCACUGAAGUCGUAUGGACGAACCUUUCAAGCAACAUAACAAAAAAUAUUGGAAAUUCUUAUUCUUAUUCUCAGAGUAUGAAACCAUAACCAAACUUAUAUAUAUAUAUAUAAACAAGAACCCUCCCUCCCUGUGCAAGAAACAUAGAGAAAAAAAACAAUGUAUCUAAAAUAAUGAAUGUACUAUGUUUAAAAAAACACAAAAUAAUACAAAAGUUGAAUGGAAAAAUGUAAUACCAAACAACAGAAAAUAAAAACAUCGUACGAAAGGAGAAUUGGAACAUCUCACG